CAAGAAUAACCCAGACAGGAAAUUUCCACAUCUAUUUUUACUUGCACUUAUUCUAAAUUGUUUGUUAACGUAUUUAAUUUCAGUCUACUACAGACACUCAAGAUGUAUACAGACAAAGAUGACCAUGAGUAUCCAGAUCGCUCUGAAAAGUUGCUUAAUGAGAAGAGAAGAGAAUGUGUUGUUGACAUGAAGUCAAAUGGCGGCAAACAGACGACAAAUCCGCAGGAACAAAUAUGUGCAUGUGUUUGGAUUAAAAAAUGGAAGUGGAAAGUUUUGUUCGGUAUCAUAGCCGUGUGUAGUAUCGUCUCCGUUGCAUUGCCAUUAUACAAAAUGGCGAAUUUGUCCCUUGAUGAGAAAGAGAUAUCCAGCAUGAAAAAAGACAUACUAGAUAUGAAGCAACACAGGAAAAAGUUUGAAAAUGACAUAAGAUUAUUGUAUGCUGGACAUUACGAUCAAAAUGACGACUUGGACACAUUGGAAACAGUUCUUCAGAAUAUAACUGUGACCUUUAACGAACGCAUCAACAAUCUUACAACAGAGCUUAAUACAUUAGCUACAGAAUAUGAACGUCAAGUAAGACUCCAGGAGGAAAUGCAAAAACAGAUUGAUGCAAUGGGAACGGAAAACAGAAAGAAGUUUCAAGAAUUCGACCAAAAGAUGGUCGUUAUGAGGCAAAAUUUAAAUGAUAUGACUGCAUCCCAAGAAGUUCUGAAAAAUGACCUGAGAGACACUCAAAGUAGUUUACGUAGGGAAACCCAAAACGCUAUAGAUAAGAUACGGAAUGAUUUCAGAGCAGCACAACACAAGUUAGAAUCUGACUAUAGAGAGACUCGAAACUCGCAGAAUGAACUCAAAGCAGAGCAGCAAUCUCUUCACAGUAUGUUACUUGGGAAACUUUCAGAUCUAAAGAAGCAUGUCCAGUCCAAACCAAACGCUGGUCCGAUUACACGAAGCUCUGGUGGAUUAACUUUAGUUUUACUGUUAUCCACCCGUUUAUUUUUUUUUAUUGGUUCUUAAUUUAUCGGGCGAUUUAGAAAGGCGACUCCUGAUGAAAGUGUCUGCGCCUUGUGCAACGACGGAACUGGCGAAGAUGAAAAACAUUCCUUACUAUACUGUAAAGCUAACAUUAAAUUUAGUCACAUGAUAAUUGAAUCAGUGAACAUGGACAUAAAGUACAUUAACGAUAGUACCUUUGCAAAUUUGAUGACAUUUCAUGAAAUUCAAAGACAAACAGCCCAAUAAUGGAAUUUAUUUUUCUGUAAAAGGGAAGUUUGUAACAAGUUACAAUUUCACAUUAAGUUUGCUUAUUGAAAAUAUGAACAUUAAGGCUAAAGUGACUUAUAGGUCCAGCAUGGGGUGUAAUUUAAAAUAGUCAUUGUAUUAUAAAUAUGUAAUAUUAUUGUAUAGGAUUAUAAUAUUUCCCACAGAAAGUAACCA